AUGUACCGCCAGAGGGUGCACACGAGGGGCCACACGGCACCCGUGUCCACGGGCGGCCCCCCGCCUCUCCCUCUCCCUCUGGUCCCCAGCUCUGCGGAGGCGGCCGCCCUGGAGCGGGAGCUGCUGGAGGAGUAUCGCUUCGGGCGGCAGCAGCUGGUGGAGCUGUGCGGCCAUGCCAGCGCCGUCGCUGUGACUAAGGUGUUCCCGCUGCCCGCCCUGGCCCGCAAGCAGAGGACGGUGCUGGUCGUGUGUGGUCCGGAGCACAACGGGGCGGUGGGGCUGGUCUGCGCCCGGCACCUGCGGGCGUUCGAGUACGAACCCAGCAUCUUCUACCCAACGCGUUCGCUCGACGCGCUGCACCGGGACCUGACCACCCAGUGCGAGAAAAUGGACGUCCCUUUCCUGGCUUACCUGCCGUCCGAGGUGCAGCUUAUCAACGCUGCCUACAGGCUGGUGGUGGACGCCGUGCUGGGCCCCGGCGCCGAGCUGGCCCAGGUCGGGGGCCCCUGCACCCGCGCGCUGGCCACGCUCAAGCAGCUCUCUGUGCCCCUCGUGAGCUUGGACAUCCCCUCAGGCUGGGACGCGGAGACGGGCGGCGGGGAGGACGCGCUGCAGCCCGACGUGCUGGUGUCGCUGGCUGCGCCCAAGCGCUGCGCCAGCCGCUUCGCCGGGCGCCACCACUUCGUGGCCGGCAGGUUCGUGCCCGAGGACGUGCGCCGCAAGUUCGCGCUGCGCCUGCCGGCCUACGCGGGCACCGACUGCGUGGCGGAGCUGUGACCGCCCCCCACACAUACACCCCUUGCCCACGCCGCGGGGAACCCGCUCCAAUAAACACACCCACAACUCGA